AUGAAUAAACUGAUUUGCCUGGUCUUACUUUCAAGCUUUUGGAUCUUUCCCGGUGAAGGAUACGAACCUUGCUGUGCACAGCCUUGCCAAAACCAGGGUGUGUGUUUAUCCAAGGGUGCUGAUGCUUAUGAAUGUGACUGUACCAGGACAGGAUAUUAUGGUGAAAACUGUACUACCCCUGAACUUCUCACACUUAUCAAAUCAACUCUGAAACCCAGCCCAAAUAUAGUGCAUUAUCUUUUAACCCAUUAUAAAUGGAUCUGGGACAUCAUCAACAACAUCUCCUUCCUGAGAGAUGCUAUAAUGAGAUAUGUCCUGACAUCAAGGUCCCAUUUGGUCAACAGUCCACCGACGUACAAUUCAGAUUACAACUACAAAAGCUGGGAAGUGUAUUCUAACUUGUCCUAUUACUCCCGCACCCUUGCCCCAUUGUCCAAGAACUGCCCUACACCCGAUCUCCCAAAUGCAAAGCAGGUGGUGGAGAGGGUGCUGGUGAGGAAACAGUUCAUCCCUGAUCCACAGAGGACCAGUCUCAUGUUUGCUUUCUUCGCCCAGCAUUUCAGUCAUCAGUUCUUCAAGUCAGACUUUAAAAAAGGACCAGCCUUCACCAAAGCCCUGGGCCAUGGAGUGGAUUUGGGGCAUAUUUAUGGAGAGACGCUGGAGAGACAACACAAACUUCGUCUAUUUAAAGAUGGAAAGCUAAAGUAUCAGGUUGUGGAUGGUGAGGUGUAUCCUCCAUUGGUGAAGGAUGUCCAGGUGGAGAUGCACUAUCCUCCUCACGUCCCAGAGGAACAGCGAUUUGCUGUGGGCCACGAGGCCUUCGGUCUGGUUCCAGGUUUGAUGAUGUAUGCCUCCAUUUGGCUUCGUGAACACAACCGCGUCUGUGACAUCAUGAAGCAAGAGCAUCCCGACUGGGACGACGAGAGGAUCUUCCAAACCACUCGUCUCAUCCUGAUUGGUGAGACCAUCAAAAUCGUGAUCGAGGACUAUGUUCAGCACCUGAGUGGCUACCACUUCAAGCUCAAGUUUGACCCGGAGCUUCUCUUCAGUGAGCGCUUCCAGUACCAGAACCGCAUCGCAGCUGAAUUCAACACUCUGUAUCACUGGCACCCGCUGAUGCCCGACAGCUUUCAGAUCCAGGACCAGGUCUACGGCCACCACCAGUUUGUGUUUAACAACUCGAUUUUAACCAAACACGGCAUCCGCAACAUGGUGGAAUCCUUCACCAAACAGGUUGCUGGAAGGGUUGCUGGUGGACGUAACCUGCCUGCUGCAGUUCAAGGAGUGGCUGUUAAAACUCUAGAGCAUUCCAGAGAGAUGGGCUACCAUUCUUUAAAUGCCUACCGGAAACGCUUCAACAUGAAGCCCUACUCCUCUUUUGAAGAUAUGACAGGAGACAAGGAGCUGGCAGCCGAAAUGAAGGAGCUGUACGGUCACAUAGACGCGGUUGAGCUGUAUCCUGGGCUUCUUGUGGAGAAACCCCGACCCGACGCUGUGUUCGGGGAGACUAUGGUGGAGAUGGGAGCGCCCUACUCUCUCAAAGGCCUCAUGGGAAAUGCUAUUUGUUCUCCUGAAUACUGGAUGCCGAGCACGUUUGGUGGGAAAGUGGGAUUUGACAUUGUUAACACAGCCUCAUUGAAGAAGCUGGUGUGCAUGAAUAUCAAGGGACCUUGUCCGAUGGUGUCCUUUCAGGUGCCUGAUGUGAAAUAUCAGAGUGCAGAAAAUGUGAAUUCAAGCUCAGUGCACUCCACACAAAAUCAUAUUAACCCAAUGGUUGUUUUGAACGAGCGAAGUUCAGAGCUCUAAACGAUUUUGAAGGCCUCACUGCCUUCAUCAGGAUACUUGAUGUUAUAUUUGUUAUUUAUUUAGUUUAUUUAAGUAAUUUAUUUCAAAGUGUAUUUAUUGCUGGGUUUUUGUAUUGCUAUUGACUUGCAGAUGCAUUUUUAUUUAUUUAUUUUUUUUUUACAAAUACUUGAAAGUCACAUGAGGUUGACUCCUUUUAGACAGAUUUGGAUAUGCACAUUCCAAGUGCAAAUGUUGUGAAUAAUGUGCAUUUCUUGAAUAAAGACAUUUUGAUAUUUUAUUGAUA